AUGUGGAGCCGAAGUUCUCUCUUGUUAAGGCAAAGCAAGCGAUACGUGGCUUUUAAUCAGUUUCAGAAACUAAAUCCUCAUCCAUCAAUUCCAGAGCCAUUUGCUUACCAACAAGCAAAACCUCAGCAGAAUGACGAAAUCUACGUCGCUAUGAGCUCUGGAGUAGAUUCUUCAGUCACAGCUGCUCUUUAUGCAUCGAAGUACCCACAUGUGAAAGGAAUUUAUAUGGCUAACUGGUCACAGACUGCAAAAUGCACGGAAUCGGAGUGGAAUGACGUGCAAAAGGUUUGCCAGCAGAUCGGAAUUCCCUGCGAGCGGGUAAAUUUUGAGAAGGAGUAUUGGGCAGAUGUUUUCAUGCCGAUGAUUGAAAUGUAUGAAAACGGGUUGACACCAAACCCAGAUUUGGGUUGCAACAAGUACAUCAAAUUCGGCAAGAUGAUCGAGCACUUAUCGAAUAAGUACUCUACUCGGGAGAAGAAGUGGUGGCUUGCGACGGGUCACUAUGCCAGAGUAGAAACUGCCAAAACUGGUCCUCGACUUUUGAAGGCAUACGAUGCUAAUAAAGAUCAGUCCUAUUAUUUGGCCAGCACACCGUCUGAAGUUUUCAAGAAUGUAUUAAUGCCUUUGGGACAUUACACCAAACCACAAGUUCGGCAAUUAGCUCAAGACUUUGGACUUCAUACGGCAUCUAAACCCGACUCCCAAGGACUUUGUUUUGUUAGCCCUGAUCAUUCUAAGUUCAGGCACUUUUUAGACGAGUUCAUUCCGCCUAAACCAGGAAAUAUUAUCACAGAAGACGGAAAAAUUUGGGGAACACAUAAGGGUCUUUGGCAUGCUACAAUAGGGCAGAAACUGGGGAUAUCAAUGCCUCAAGGUGACCCACAGUAUCAAGGUGUUUGGUUUGUAAGCGAAAAGAGAAUUGAUACAAACGAGUUGGUCAUUGUUCGUGGAGGAAAUAAUGAAAAGCUCUUCAAACUGAUUUUGAAAGUCUGUGAUUGGGAAUGGUUGGGAGAUGGGGAAUUAGCUGCUACGAGCGACAACUUGCAUAUCCAGUUUCGAUCUUUACAAGAGCCUGUCCCCAUUCGAAGUCUAAUUAUGAAAGACAAAGGCGAGAUAGAUUUUCACCUUCAUAAAUCAGAAAGAGCCAUGGCUCCAGGACAAAAUGUGGUCUUGUACGAUGGUUACAGAGUUCUAGGAUCAGGAACACUCAUAGAAACACAAUAA